AAUAGUGAGUUUCCAAGACAUAGCUUACAUAAAUAAUUGAUUUGAUAGGGGCGAUCAACUACAAAGGAACUAUUUGGAAUGGAUGGCUACAAAUGAAAACAUCACAUCGCGCGAAUCUUUCUCUGUCUUGCUAUGCAAGUCUUUGACUGAACACCAGGAGGGCCUACAUUUUGGGGAAAAUGCGCAGUACAGGCACAAGUGGGGUGCCCCCGAACCCCCCUGUAGCCAGAAACCACAACAACAGCCCUGGAAACUCAGGUUCCCAGUAUGCCUUGUGUGCCCUGGGGGUGGGGCUGGUGGCCCUGGGCAUCGUCAUGAUUGUGUGGAGUGUGGUGCCCUCCAGCAUGGCCGGGAACAACAGCGGUGGCACUGGAGGAGGGAACCCCAAACCAGACAACAGGGGCAGGGCUUCGUCGGUGGCCUUUGUGCUGGUCGGGGCUGGGGUGGCCAUGCUCAUGCUGUCCCUGUGCCUGGGGAUGAGGAACAAGCAGCGGGAGCAAGCUCUUCAAGAGGCCCAGACUCUGGGGGCAGACAACGUAGCUGCCAGUGAGGAGGACGGAGAGACGGCCGAGGAGCGAACCCAGAGGUACACCGUGCCCAGCUACGAGGAGGCAGUGGGCAGCGGCCAGUGGCCCAUACGCCAGAGCCACCUGCGCCACAGCUCCUCCCAGCUUCCUUCCUACGACGACCUGGUGGACAGUGUGCAGAUAGAGGUCGAAGGAUCAGUGGUCACUCAGAUGACAGCCACUUCCGCUAACCCUGCCUCCUCUGCUGCUGCGCCUAACCACCGCACUAGGCGAACAGGCCUCAAUCUCCUUCCCCUUAAAAUUCAGAGGAUUAAAUCAGAGAAGAUCCAUAUGAAGAAUACGGAUAACUCUCAGCCGCCGGGAGGGAUGAGUAUUGAGCCGCUUACUCCACCACCAAUGUAUGAGGACAAAGUGCCCCAGCUCUGAGACUUGGUGCCCUCUAGGUAUCAAAGCAGGGUACUGCAUCCUCUGUGGCCCGCUAUGGGUGGACAUCUGCUACAAUAGAUGUAAUCAGAUGGCCCCUUGUCAUGCAUCUGUGGCUAAAUCAUCUCGAUGGCACUUGUCAUGCUUACCUGGCUUUUUUUAGACCUGACACUCAAGGUGAGUGAGCAGAGAGCACAGUUCCAAACGUGGGGACUUUGGGUCAACACUGUUGCUGGACAGAGAGCACACUUCUGUUUUUAGACAGACAUCUUACAAGGUCAUUGAAGCUCGGGUUCAAAGGAUCAAUAUGAUUGGGAAAAAUACUCGCUCAAUGUCUUAGAUGUCUUUUGAUUACUUUACAAUGAGCCCUGUUCCAAAUUGCAUUUGUAUGCAGCUGACCAUAUUUUUUUAUUCCUCUACUGAUUUAAUUUCAAGUUCCAUCUUCAUCCUCAGUCAAGUCAGCCAUCAUGGUGUAUUAUUCAUGUUCAAGUUUUUGUAUUCUGUACAGCUACUUAGACAGCUGCUCCUUGGAAUUUUGAGAGGUGUUAUUUGGCGACUGAAUUAAUGGCUUUGCACAGACAGUGUUUGUGCGUUGCGGCCUGUGUUGCUUAUCAAUACAGGAUAAUUGAGAAAGAGACUGAGGCUCAUUGAUAGUUGGAAGCCUUUGCCCUGUAGCCACGGCGAAAUGGGUUUUGGCUCUGAAGGCAGUAGUGUAGUCCAGCUUUUUUAAUUAGCUGUUUUAUGCUCAAUGGAGGACACAAGGGACUCUUUCCCUGAGCAGCUGGGAUAAUGGCACCCAUUGCUCACUCACGCAUCACUCUUGAACUAUACAGCAAUACCAGCUCCUUGACUGCCAGCACUGUUUUCAUUAGGACAGAGAGCACACUUCUGUUUUUAGACAGACAUCUUACAAGGUCAUUGAAGCUCGGGUUCAAAGGAUCAAUACCAGCUCCUUGACUGCCAGCACUGUUUUCAUUAGGAUUAUUCAGAAGAUUAAGUUGUUGCGGUGUCCAAGGUUUGACCCCAUUUUGUUUAGUGGAGCCAGAAGACGUCAGUGCCUUAUCUCUCUCGUCUAUUUGUUUCAUGCUUACCAGAAUAUGGAAGUUAGCAAAUCAAUGCAGUAAUUGGAUUUCCAGAAUGUUAUUUUAUCAUAUGGAUGUUAUUUUCUGAUUUGAUGUCAUGUUGAUGACCCUGUUCAGCAACUACUCACUACAUUUACUGUAGGUGGGAACUUAAACAAUACUUCUUGGCAUAAGUAAACAGUUGCUAAACUAGCAUAUGAAUACCUAUGCACACAGAAUAAGUGUUUUUUUUUAAGAGGAAACUUUUAAUGCUGAAUUACUAGUUUCUAAAUGUAAAAUAGCAUGCACCUCAUGUAUAUUUAGUUUUAUAUAGAUUUUUUAUAGGCUCUGAAUUCAGUCUGUUCUUUCAAUAUUGUUGAUACUCAGAGACUACUCUGUAGUCACGCCUAUGCAAUGUUUUCUGUACCUCUGUGUAUGUGAGACCAUUUUUUACUGUGAGGAAUCAGUGGCUUAUUACUUCCAUUUUCUGUACUCUAAGGGACACUACACUCAAACCUCAAAAGUGGUCUUAUGUUGAAAGAAGUCUACGUCCCACACUAUGGGUUUCAUAGAUCCAAGGAUAUGUCACAACCUCAAGUGAAUGGAAAAGAUGAGCACCCAAAAUGCUUAUGUUUUUGAAUGGAAAUGGUGCUAAACUUUCCCAUUCAUAAACGGAUCAGCACCAAGACGAGCACCAUGGAGCUUAAUUAAUAAACAGAUUUAUGAAUGAACAAUUAUGGGUUGUGAUCUGGACUUUUCCAUUCAUUUGGGGCUGAUAUCUGUAUCUACACAAUCAAUGGUGUUGGACAUGGAUCCAUCUUCACAUUAGGCUUAUUUUGAGGUAUAAAAACACCCGACAACUUUGUGGAACAUAAACAUGGUCAGUCUGUUCAUUAGUUCAAUGGACUUUUCUCUCAACCAGGUGUGUGUGUGUGACUUUUAUUACGAUAAUUUCAAAGACCAUUAUUUGUACUGGAAACUAUAUGAUUGGCUUAUAUAACUAAUACCCUUUUGUAUGUAUCUGAAAGUAUGUUUUUGUAAGAGAGGAAUUCUGUCUAGUGUUUUUGUUGACUUCAAGAUGAUGCAUUCUUGUUGUGGACACUAAAGGAGCGGAGUCUGAAAAUUGUGAGAAAUAAAAGGAAAUGUUUGUA